AUGCUACGGGACCCUUUGGGGAUUCCCACUUCCAAUUCAAUCAUGGGAUUGCUCAUCUCCACUGAUGGUCCAUGGUUGAUUAGGCAUGUUCAACGCACCUUACAUUUUGCCUUGGUGAUUAUAUUGUUAAUGAGCUCUGAUACUAUUAUACAAAGAACUCUGGGGGAUCCUGACAAUGAUGAUCCUGACAACGGUGAUGAUAAUGAUAAUGAUGAUCCAGAACCGGAACCAGAGCCAGAACCAGAACCAGAGCCAGAACCAGAACCAGAACCAGAACCAGAACCAGAACCAGAACCAGAAACAACAUCAACAUCAACAUCAACAACACCACCAGGUCCAGUUGAAACCGUGUCCACCGAACUCAAUGCUCCAGGUGAUGGUGAUACUGAAUGUACUACAACUCAAGGUAAUGGUGCUUUCCAAAAUGGUAAAACCUAUGAAUAUGCUUAUACUGUUAGUGUUGAUCCAAAUGAAGAAGGGUUAUUAAAUGGUAGACGUUCUUUCCAAGCAACUUGGUUCUUCAAAUUUUCAAACCCAUUAUAUGCUGCAUCCUUUAGACUUGAUCAAUAUCGUGAUGCUACACUCAAAAGUGGUAAAGUCAAUUUGCAUGACGGUACUUUCGUCCUUACUUUUGGAAUUGAUGUUCCAUUCGAUCAAGAUUUGGACAGUAUUAUUCCACCAUUAUGUAACGGUCUCUUCGCCGCUGCUGUUUUCCAACAAGGCUUUGAUUCUAAUGAAGAUGAUUAUUUGAUCUGGAUUGCCGGUGAUUCCCAAGAUGAAGCUAGUGUUGCAGCUUCAAUUCAAACAGCUAGUAUCAACUGGGAAUGUGAAGAAUUGAUUGGUUUUAUGCUCAGUUGUAAUGUUCCUGCUCAAAGUUCAUCAUCUGAAUUACCAAGUUCAUCAUCUGAAUUACCAAGCUCAUCUUCUGAACUAUCAAGCUCAUCAACAUCUCAACCUUCUUCCACUGCAGUUCCAUACAUUACAGGUAGCUUAGAAGAUAGUCAACCAAAAUGGCAAAUCGUUAUUCCAAAAGAAUUAACUUCAUGGACUGAAGUUCGUUUAGCUGGUAAAACCGAUGGUGAACAAUACACUUUCAACUAUGUUGAUGCUACCUAUGAAGAUGGUAGACCAUAUGGCGGUCUUGAACAAACUGUUGGUGAAACUUCAUUUACUUCAAGUGGUACAACUGCUGUUCCAGAAGAUGGUUUCAUUUAUAUUGUUGUUGGUACUGCUGUCGGUGAUGGCCCAUACACACUUAAUGUUGAAUUAACAGUCAUCAAUCAAGAUAAUGAACCUGAGAAUUUCAAGAAACUUGUUAAGAGAGAUACAUAUUCCACAUACAAUUUAGGCUUUACCAUUGAUCCAGAUGCUCCAGAACCUUCAUCUUCAGCUGAGCCAAGCUCCUUCAGUUCUUCAAUUGAACCAUCAUCAUCUAUUGAACCAUCAUCAUCUGUUGAUCCUUCCUCAUCUGUUGAUCCUUCCUCAUCUGUUGAUCCUUCCUCAUCUGUUGAUCCUUCCUCAUCUGUUGAUCCUUCCUCAUCUAUUGAACCUUCUUCCUCUGAUGAACCAUCCUCAUCCGUUGAACCAUCAGGAUCUUCAGGUAUUACCAGCUCAUCAGAAGCUCCAGACUCAUCAGGUACUAUCAUCACUUCAACUUCAACCAAAGAAGAUGAUUCAACCACUGUGAUUACUACAACUUCAUGUGCUGAUAAUGGUUGUACUGAAAUUCCAAUCACUACAGGUUUGACUGUUACAACAGAAACAAAAGAUGGUGUUGUUACCUCUUACACAACUUAUUGUCCAAUCACCACCACUAUUACUUCAACUGAAGGCCCAGGUCCAGCUCCUCAACCAACUGCUACAGAUGCUCCAGCUCCUCAACCAGAUCAACCAACUGCUACAGAUGCUCCAGCUCCUCAACCAGAUCAACCAACUGCUGCUCCAGCUCCACAACCAGGUCAACCAUCAACAGGUACAGAUGCUCAAGGUAAUCCAACUACUGCUCCAGGUGCUCCAGAUUCAGGUUCAGGAGGUUCAGGAGAUUCAGGUCAAGGUGAUACUCCAGGUACAGAUGCUCAAGGUAACCCAACAGGUGGUGCUCCAGGCGCUACUGGCACAGAUGCUCAAGGUAACCCAACAGGUGGUGCUCCAGGUGCUACUGGUACCGAUGCUCCAGCUCCAGGUCAACCAUCAACAGGUACAGAUGCCCAAGGUAAUCCAACCACCGCUCCAGGUGCUCCAGGAUCGGGAUCAGACUCAGGUGCUCCAGGUCAAGGUGCUACUGGCACUGAUGCUCAAGGUAACCCAACUGGUGCUGCUCCAGGUUCAGAUGCCACAGGUGCUCAAGGUUCAGGUUCAGAAGCUUCAGGUACUGCAGGUGCUCCAGGAUCAGAAGCUUCAGGUGCUCCAGGCUCAGGCUCAGAUUCUUCAGGUGGUGAUGGUUCAGCUCCAGAUGCUCAACAAAGUGGUGAUGCUGGUUCAAACCCAGCUGAUGGGCAAUCUACUUCUACCGGUGGUGAUGGUGCAGCUUCAGUUUCAACCUAUGAUGCUGCUGGUUACAAAUUAAGUGGUAGCUGGUUUAUUACCUUACUAGCAACUUCUUUUGCCUUAUUGUUAUGA